CUCGUUCAACUCUCGGCGCCGUCGCGGCCCCACGCUCCAGGCCCGUCCUCGAGGCGCGCGGCGCGGGUCGCGGGCGCCGGGGCCUGAGGCGGCUGGCGACGCCCGGGGGCCUGACGGCCGGGCCCGCGCCAUGGUGUGAACGCCGCCGCCGCCGCCACCGCCCGCGCACACUCCAUCCGCCCGCCGCGCGGCCCGGCCAGCCGAGAGCCCGGAGCGGCCCGAGAGCGCGGCCGAGCCCGCCGCCGCCGCCGCCCCCGACCUCGCGAGGAGAGUCCCGGGCAGGCUCGGCUGCCGCCGGAGGAGCGCCGUCGGCGGCCUGGACUGCGGCGGAGAUAUCCACAGCGACAGGGAUAUUUAUUGUUAUUUGUUUUUUGGUGGCAAAAAGGGAAAAUGGCGAACGACUCCCCUGCAAAAAGUCUGGUGGACAUCGACCUCUCCUCCCUGCGGGAUCCUGCUGGGAUUUUUGAGCUGGUGGAAGUGGUUGGAAAUGGCACCUAUGGACAAGUCUAUAAGGGUCGACAUGUUAAAACGGGUCAGUUGGCGGCCAUCAAAGUUAUGGAUGUCACUGAGGAUGAAGAGGAAGAAAUCAAACUGGAGAUAAAUAUGCUGAAGAAAUAUUCUCAUCACAGAAAUAUUGCAACAUACUAUGGUGCUUUCAUCAAAAAGAGCCCUCCAGGACAUGAUGACCAACUCUGGCUUGUUAUGGAGUUCUGUGGGGCUGGGUCCAUUACAGACCUUGUGAAGAACACCAAAGGGAACACACUCAAAGAAGACUGGAUUGCCUACAUCUCCAGAGAAAUCCUGAGGGGACUGGCACAUCUUCACAUUCAUCACGUGAUUCACCGGGAUAUCAAGGGCCAGAAUGUGUUACUGACCGAGAAUGCAGAGGUGAAACUUGUCGACUUUGGUGUGAGUGCUCAGCUGGACAGGACGGUGGGGCGGAGAAAUACAUUCAUAGGCACUCCCUACUGGAUGGCUCCGGAGGUGAUCGCCUGUGACGAGAACCCAGAUGCCACCUAUGAUUACAGAAGUGAUCUUUGGUCUUGUGGCAUUACAGCCAUUGAAAUGGCAGAAGGUGCUCCACCUCUCUGUGACAUGCAUCCCAUGAGAGCACUGUUUCUCAUUCCCAGAAACCCUCCUCCCCGGCUGAAGUCAAAAAAAUGGUCGAAGAAAUUUUUUAGUUUUAUAGAAGGGUGCCUGGUGAAGAAUUACAUGCAGCGGCCCUCUACUGAGCAGCUUUUGAAACAUCCUUUUAUAAGGGAUCAGCCAAACGAAAGGCAAGUUAGAAUCCAGCUUAAGGAUCAUAUAGAUCGUACCAGGAAGAAGAGAGGCGAGAAAGAUGAAACUGAAUAUGAGUACAGUGGGAGUGAGGAAGAAGAGGAGGAAGUGCCUGAACAGGAAGGAGAGCCAAGUUCCAUUGUGAACGUGCCUGGUGAGUCUACUCUUCGUCGAGAUUUUCUGAGACUGCAGCAGGAGAACAAGGAACGUUCUGAGGCUCUUCGGAGACAACAGUUACUACAGGAGCAACAGCUCCGGGAGCAGGAAGAAUAUAAAAGGCAACUGCUGGCGGAGAGACAGAAGCGGAUUGAGCAGCAGAAAGAACAGAGACGACGGCUAGAAGAGCAACAAAGGCGAGAGCGUGAAGCUAGAAGGCAGCAGGAACGUGAACAGCGAAGGAGAGAACAAGAAGAAAAGAGGCGUCUAGAGGAAUUGGAGAGAAGGCGCAAAGAAGAAGAGGAGAGGAGGCGGGCAGAAGAAGAGAAGAGGAGAGUUGAAAGAGAACAGGAGUAUAUCAGGCGACAGCUAGAAGAGGAGCAGCGGCACUUGGAAGUCCUGCAGCAGCAACUGCUCCAGGAGCAGGCCAUGUUACUGGAGUGCCGAUGGCGGGAGAUGGAGGAGCACCGGCAGGCAGAGAGGCUCCAGAGGCAGUUGCAACAAGAACAAGCCUAUCUCCUGUCUCUACAGCAUGACCAUAGGAGGCCGCACCCGCAGCACUCGCAGCAGCCGCCACCACCGCAGCAGGAAAGGAGCAAGCCAAGCUACCAUGCUCCCGAGCCCAAAGCCCACUAUGAGCCUGCCGACCGAGCACGAGAGGUGGAAGAUAGAUUUAGGAAAACUAACCACAGCUCCCCUGAAGCCCAAUCUAAGCAGACAGGCAGAGUAUUGGAGCCACCAGUGCCUUCCCGAUCAGAGUCUUUUUCCAAUGGCAACUCCGAGUCUGUGCAUCCUGUCCUGCAGAGACCAGUGGAGCCACAGGUACAGUGGUCCCACCUGGCAUCUCUCAAGAACAAUGUUUCCCCUGUCUCGCGAUCCCAUUCCUUCAGUGACCCUUCUCCUCCCAAAUUUGCACACCACCAUCUUCGUUCUCAGGACCCAUGUCCACCUUCCCGCAGUGAGGUGCUCAGUCAGAGCUCUGACUCUAAGUCAGAGGCGCCUGACCCUACCCAAAAGGCUUGGUCUAGAUCAGACAGUGACGAGGUGCCUCCAAGGGUUCCUGUGAGAACAACAUCUCGCUCCCCUGUUCUGUCCCGUCGAGAUUCCCCACUGCAGGGCAGUGGGCAGCAGAAUAGCCAGGCAGGACAGAGAAACUCCACCAGCAGUAUUGAGCCCAGGCUUCUGUGGGAGAGAGUGGAAAAGCUGGUGCCCAGACCUGGCAGUGGCAGCUCCUCAGGGUCCAGCAACUCAGGAUCCCAGCCCGGGUCUCACCCUGGGUCUCAGAGUGGUUCUGGGGAACGCUUCAGAGUGAGAUCGUCAUCCAAGUCUGAAGGCUCUCCAUCUCAGCGCCUGGAAAAUGCAGUGAAAAAACCUGAAGAUAAAAAGGAAGUUUUCAGACCCCUUAAGCCUGCUGGCGAAGUGGAUCUGACUGCACUGGCCAAAGAGCUUCGAGCAGUAGAAGAUGUACGGCCACCUCACAAAGUAACGGACUACUCCUCAUCCAGUGAGGAGUCGGGGACGACAGAUGAGGAGGACGACGAUGUGGAACAGGAAGGGGCUGACGAGUCCACCUCGGGACCAGAGGACACCAGAGCAGCGUCGUCUCUGAAUUUGAGCAAUGGUGAAACGGAAUCUGUGAAGACCAUGAUUGUCCAUGACGAUGUAGAAAGUGAGCCGGCCAUGACUCCAUCCAAGGAGGGCACUCUAAUCGUCCGCCAGAGUACAGUUGACCAAAAGCGUGCCAGCCAUCAUGAGAGCAAUGGCUUUGCCGGUCGCAUUCACCUCUUGCCAGAUCUCUUACAGCAAAGCCAUUCCUCCUCCACUUCCUCCACCUCCUCCUCCCCAUCCUCCAGCCAGCCGACACCCACCAUGUCCCCACAGACACCCCAGGACAAGCUCACUGCUAAUGAGACUCAGUCCGCUAGUAGCACACUCCAGAAACACAAAUCUUCCUCCUCCUUUACACCUUUUAUAGACCCCAGAUUACUACAGAUUUCUCCAUCUAGUGGAACAACAGUGACUUCUGUGGUGGGAUUUUCCUGUGAUGGAAUGAGACCGGAAGCCAUAAGGCAAGAUCCUACCCGGAAAGGCUCAGUGGUCAAUGUGAAUCCCACCAACACUAGGCCACAGAGUGACACCCCAGAGAUUCGUAAAUACAAGAAGAGGUUUAACUCUGAGAUUCUGUGUGCUGCCUUAUGGGGAGUGAAUUUGCUAGUGGGUACAGAGAGUGGCCUGAUGCUGCUGGACAGAAGUGGCCAAGGGAAGGUCUAUCCUCUGAUCAACCGAAGACGAUUUCAACAAAUGGAUGUACUUGAGGGCUUGAAUGUCUUGGUGACAAUAUCUGGCAAAAAGGAUAAGUUACGUGUCUACUAUUUGUCCUGGUUGAGAAAUAAAAUACUUCACAACGAUCCAGAAGUUGAAAAGAAGCAGGGAUGGACAACCGUAGGGGAUUUGGAAGGAUGUGUACAUUAUAAAGUUGUAAAAUAUGAAAGAAUCAAAUUUCUGGUGAUUGCUUUGAAGAGUUCUGUGGAAGUCUAUGCUUGGGCACCGAAGCCAUAUCACAAAUUUAUGGCCUUUAAGUCAUUUGGAGAAUUGGUACAUAAGCCAUUACUGGUGGAUCUCACUGUUGAGGAAGGCCAGAGGUUGAAAGUGAUCUAUGGAUCCUGUGCUGGAUUCCAUGCUGUUGAUGUGGAUUCAGGAUCAGUCUAUGACAUUUAUCUACCAACACACGUAAGAAAGAACCCACACUCUAUGAUCCAGUGUAGCAUCAAACCCCAUGCAAUCAUCAUCCUCCCCAACACAGAUGGGAUGGAGCUUCUGGUGUGUUAUGAAGAUGAGGGGGUUUAUGUAAACACAUAUGGAAGGAUCACCAAGGAUGUAGUUCUACAGUGGGGAGAGAUGCCCACGUCAGUAGCAUAUAUUCGAUCCAACCAGACAAUGGGCUGGGGAGAGAAGGCCAUAGAGAUCCGAUCUGUGGAAACUGGUCACUUGGAUGGUGUGUUCAUGCACAAAAGGGCUCAGAGACUAAAAUUCUUGUGUGAACGCAAUGACAAGGUGUUCUUUGCCUCUGUUCGGUCUGGUGGCAGCAGUCAGGUUUAUUUCAUGACCUUAGGCAGGACUUCUCUUCUGAGCUGGUAGAAGUAGUGUGAUCCAGGGAUUACUGGCCUCCAGAGUCUUCAAGAUCCUGAGAACUUGGAAUUCCUUGCAACUGGAGCUCGGAGCUGCACCGAGGGCAACCAGGACAGCUGUGUGUGCAGACCCCAUGUGUUGGGUUCUCUCCCCUCCUUCCUAUUCCUCUUUUACCAAUUUAUCCCCAUUCUUUUUUUUCCUUACUCCAAAAUAAAUCAAGGCUGCAAUGCAGCUGGUGCUGUUCAGAUUCUA